AUGGGUACUGGCUCUAAGAUAGCAUCCGUUAUCUUUCGCGGUGGCGCAUUGUGCAGUGCCAUUAUCGUCGUAUCCAUUCUAGGCCGCUUCUUCUACCUGUUGAACCUCGCGAACUCGUCUGCGAAUGGCCGUCUGAUCUACGCCGAAGUCAUCUCUGUGCUGGAGAUUAUCUUUUCCAUACUUCUUAUCAUUCCUGCCAAAUAUUCCUUUUACGCAUUUCCGAUUGACAUUGUGUUUUUCAUAUGCUCAAUGGUAGCAUUUGGGCUCCUGGCAGACCUGAACAGCUCCUGCAACUCGGCCUGGUAUUACAACUACUGGGGCUUUCACUGGGGCCGAUUUUGGAGGGUUCCUAUCGUGACCCCUGCCGUCGUCGGUUCUCAAGGGUGCCAAAGUUGGAGAACAAUUCUCGCUUUUCUCUUCUUAGGCGCUAUGUCAUGGAUGCUGAGCGCCAUCCUUGGUGCCUUUGUCUUCACUGAAAUUCGUGCCGGUCGCGAGACACACAAAGCAACCGCUAUCAAGGAGAAGGUUCUUCACAAGAAGCACCAUGAGCGGGAUUCGUGCACCGAUCCCGAGUCCCAGCAGUAA